UUAUAAUUUUUAAUUUUAGCUCGUUGCCAUCCUUACACUUUAAGUCGAAUUGCUGGUUUAUUUAUUAAAGAUUCAAGAUAUUAUGAAUCAGGAGAAUUUCUUGAUGUUCUUUGUAAAGAAGGAUAUGAAAAAUAUAUCAACAAAAUUGCUUGUAAAAAUGGCACUUGGGAAAUUAAAUCUUUACCAUGCAAACCAGUUGAAUGCAAUACUAAAGAAUUACAAAACUAUGAAGGUGUGAAAAUGGAAAAUAAAUCUAUUGGAAAUAAUGAAUGGUACAGGAUUGUUUGUGAAAAAGGAUAUGAUAAUGCAGUUGAUUAUAUUCAAUGUAAGAAUUACAAAUGGCCAGAUUUGCCAGAUGAACUAUGCAAACUAGCUGAAUGCAAUACUAAAGAAUUACAAAAAUAUGAAGGUGUAAAAAUGGAAAAUAAAUCGAUUAAAAAUAACAACUGGUAUAGUAUUGUUUGUGAAAACGGAUAUGAUACUGCAGUUUAUUAUAUUUGGUGUAAGAAUAACAAAUGGGAGGACUUGUCAGAUGAACCAUGCAAACCAGGUAAAUGUGUAAUACCUUAUGUUCCUAAUGGAAAAAUAAAGAGAUUAGAAAUUAUAGACAGGUGGUGGCCAAAUGAAGAUGAAAGAAAAUUCAUACCGGUUAGAACUGGUUCUGUAAUUACUCAUGGAACUAAAUAUUUUAUAUUUUGCAAUAAACCUUACAAGUUGCAAGGGAUAAUAGAAACUGAUGACAGUGAGAAUUCUAUUGUAUGUGAAAAAAAACAAUGGCAUCCAAAGCCUGAAUGCUUACUUGAUAUUAAAACUCCUAGCCCAAUUGAAUUUUCUGAUGAAGAUACUGUUAUAGAUGAAGUUAAAACAACUGAUAUUGCUAAACAAGAAGCUACAUUAACUAUAAACAACACUUUUAUUGAAUUGAAUACAAGCAAUACAGAAGAAAAAAAGGAAAUAGAUUUAAGCAAUUUAAAUUCAUUGAAUAAAUGCAUAUAUCAAUCAUUAGAUGAUAAUUUAAUAGCUUUUUUAAAUGGAAACAGAAGAAUUAAAGCAGGUUAUUUUGUUCAUGAUACACAUCUAAAAUUUGGUUGUUCGUAUCCUGGAGAAUAUCGUUUAAGAGGGCCUAUUGAAAGUAAAUGUGAAAAUGGAACAUGGGAACCGUAUUUACCUUCUUGUCAUUUACCAACAAAAGAUGAUGAUGUAAUUAUUACCAUACAAAACAAGAAUUUUACCAUUUUUCCUGGUAAUUUAAUUAUGGUAGAGAAGAAUACACCAUUGGUAAUUACAUGCAAUACUGUUAAAAAAGAUAAAUGGCCUAGACUAUUAACUAAUGCUUCUAAGCAAGAAAAAGGUAACUUUUUACAAUUUAAUAUUUAAUAAAUUUUAAAUUUUUUAUCUAACUUACCAAUAAGCUGAAACAGUUGACAAUUGGCACUAACACAAACAACAAACACUGUACACUACAACCAACCAAUGCA